AGCAGCGACGUCACUCCCUGACGGCGGCGGCAACAGAGCAGCGCGAGCGGCCAGCGCGAGCAGCAGCGACUCGCGCGCCCCGGAGCUCGUCUCGCCGGUGGAGGACGGCGGCUCCCGGCCGUGGGACACGCUCCCUGAACGGCGACGUACUACUUUACUGACUCAGUUAAACCCAAGGCUUGAGCAAACCCAAAGAUGGUGAUUACCAACGUGGCAUCCCUCCUAAGGACAUCAGUGGCUGUGGACGAAGAGAGCACAUGUUUGCAUUGAAGAGGAGCACUCCGGAGAGGAGGUAGUAACAGGUGCCGCGUGUCAAGGUGAUUGUGGAGGUGCGGAUGAGAGCUGAACAUCAUGGGAAAAUCAAACAGCAAACUCAAACCGGACGUGGUAGAGGAGUUGACGAGGAAAACCUACUUCACAGAGAAAGAAGUGCAGCAGUGGUACAAAGGCUUCAUUAAAGACUGUCCAAGUGGGCAGCUGGAUGCUGUGGGCUUCCAGAAGAUAUACAAACAGUUUUUUCCUUUUGGAGAUCCUACAAAGUUUGCUUCAUUUGUCUUUAAUGUAUUCGAUGAAAAUAAGGAUGGACGCAUAGAGUUUUCUGAGUUCAUCCAGGCCCUGUCAGUGACGUCUCGGGGGACUCUGGAUGAGAAGCUCAGAUGGGCUUUUAAGCUGUAUGAUCUGGACAAUGACGGCUACAUAACCCGUGACGAAAUGCUGAACAUCGUGGAUGCGAUAUAUCAGAUGGUGGGGAACACUGUGGAGCUGCCAGAGGAAGAAAACACACCAGAGAAGCGAGUGGACCGUAUCUUUGCUAUGAUGGACAAGAACGCAGACGGGAAGCUGACUCUGCAGGAGUUUCAGGAAGGUUCAAAGGCAGACCCCUCUAUUGUUCAAGCGCUGUCGCUCUAUGAUGGACUUGUGUAGGAAUGUAAGAUGGGUCCAGUUCAGCGUCCUCCUGCCCGUUACACGCCAACACAGCACCAUCACAUCUGUAAAGGGAGGAGACAUCGUUUGUCCCGAUCACGUAGAAGAGGUCUUCAUACAUCAGCACCACAAGUGUCAAGCUGUUCAUCUACAUUUCCAGUAAGGAUAGUAAAAAAAAAAAAAACCCAUCUCUGACGUUACAGUAAAUUUAAACAU